AUGGACGGUCAACGACAACAAUACUUCACGGGGCUUCCUCCACCCCCUCCCCGAGUGCCAGCGCAGCUCCAGCCCGUCGGAGUACCUGGCAUGCCACCGCCACCCCCAGGUCCACCGCCAGUACCAGCAGGGUAUGUUCAAUCAUGGCAGCAGCAGCCUGCCUACGUCCGACAAGUUAUGACUCCUGGGUACCCUAUGCCGCCACCGCCACCUCAUGGUCAACACGUUCCAUAUAAACCGGCCAAUUUUUCGGCCGUGGACACCUCCUAUCCCUCGGCAAAUUUCGUCCCUGGAGACACCCCUCUCACCUCGGCAACUUACGUCCCCGGGAAUGACACUAUCGGCGGGUUCCCACCACUUUAUGAACAUCUGCAUGGAAGAUCUACCUACGAACCUUAUGGGCAGCGCCCUAAUGGAACCCAGGUAUAUCCUGAAGGGGCCUACAACCCGCAGACUCCAGGAGGACGAACAAUGCCGCCACCGUUUGCCAUCCACAACAACUUUCACGAGUUGCCAAAUGAGCAUGUGAAUCCAUCACCGCAAACUGUCAAUCAAGUGGCCGAGCUUACAAAAUCGCCAAGUCAUCGCCAUAACACCAGUGGCGCGUCUCUGGGCGGUCUGUCGCCAAGUGAAGCGGCGGCGCAGUGGCCUCUUGAUAAGGUCCUUCUGUGGCUUGCCAGAAACCAAUUCUCCAAGGAUUGGCAAGACACUUUCAAAUCUCUCGAGUUGCAAGGUGCCGAGUUUCUGGAGCUGGGCCUCCAGUUCGGGGGGCGAGGCAACCUGGGGAAAAUCCACCAGGUUGUCUAUCCCCAGCUAGCCAAAGAGUGCGUCCGAAAUGGUACAGGAUGGGACUCGGAACGUGAACGUGUGGAGCGCAAUGAAGGGCUGCGUAUUCGCAAGCUAAUUCGGCAGCUUCAUGAUGGGGCAGCAGAUUUUUCAGUAUCUACUCCUUUGCGCCAGGAAGCGCCAGUUAUCGAGCCUGGAUCCUCAUAUUUCACCCGUGAACCCCGUUCGGCCAUUGAGGGAACGAAUGACAUUACUGCAGAGCAGCUGGCUGCCGCAAACACAACUGGCGCAAAGGGAACCAUGGGAACGCGCUCUUUCACCACUCCAAACCCCACUGGACAUGGCUCACCCUACGAGUCACCCUUACGAGAAACUGCUCCUGGACGGUCGGACUUUUCACGCGGCGCCCUGGGGGCGGCCCUUGGUGAACACCGCCGACAAAGCCCUUCCUUGUCUAAUGACGCGGCAACCUUCUCUGGAUCUACUCUCCGGCCAGAGCAUAGCCCUAAAAGUGGCAGUCCAGCUACACAGUUUGCGUCACCUUCGUAUGGUGGACAGGCAUCUUCCUCCACCGGAGACUUACCAUUUCGACAGGAACACUCCCGUGGGAACAGCACUGACUCGGUUCCUGGCGUUGGCCGGGGCUCUUCUGCAGUUGGCGUUCGCUACUAUGAGAAUCGUAAGGGUCCCGAGGCCACUCGCCCAUCACCUCUGGAUGCUCAUGGUCGAUCGUGGAGUGGGGAAAAUUCCUCUGCUCACGGAAAGGAUCACAAAGGAUUUUUCGACCGACUCCGGAAGAAGACCAAAGGAACAGAUUCAAAUUACCCGUCGCCUAAAGAAUCGGACCAUGAACCACCUAGCCCGGAUCCUCGCUAUGUACCUUAUACAGUGCCCGGUUUCAGCACCAGUGACUUGUCACUUGCUGAGCGUCCAUCUUCGGCAACAACCACCAAGGCUAAAAAAUGGGUGUUCGCGACCGUGGACAAUCUGAACUAUCGCUUGAUCGAUAUUACGGAUAUGUCUUCGCCAGAAACCAUGCGUGCAGGCAUAUGUAACAAAUUGGGGAUCUCAGAUUGGAGUGGUUCCCAGAUAUGUGUCACUGAACCUGGGCAGACUGAUCACGAUGAUUUCAUGAAUGAUGAAUCCUUGUCACGCUUCCGAAAACAAAAAUUGGAUCAUCAUGCUUCCCUCAGAUUGUUAUUUGUCAAAGGGCGAAAAUCUCGUCCGUCUCUAAUGGAUGGUCUUGGAGUUUCUUUAUCUGCAGUAUCCCCUGACAAGCCGGCUUUGUCUCCGACUGCAACGCACACUCCCAUCAUUCGGAAGCCAGUGGGUGAAGAACCGAGGAUAUCACCCCAGACUCAUGUCAAUCCCAAUUCACCCUUCUCAAGCUCCCGGCAAACAACACUAAAAGCUACCCCGAGUGUACCCCAGGUGGACCCCCACAAGGACGACCUAUCUGCCCGCCAUGAGGCUUACAAACGAGAGAUCGAGCGAAAGCAGGAGGAAAAUCAUAUCUCGCGGCAUCCUCCCUCCCCGCAACUGCCCCGAGAUGGGAAUCCCGGACAAACUGGUUUUAGAAGUGCAAAGGUUAUCGACUUCGACAAACCUCGCGAUUCACCGUUUGAAUCAAAGAAGGCCUCACCGUCCGACGAUAAAAAAUCGGAAACAUUGGUACCCUUCCGACGACCACCAGUGGCCCCGAAUGAGUCGAACACGCUCACAAAGGUCAAUUCCCUCCGAAGGCCCCCUGGAACUCACAGUUUGGGAGCUGCCAUUACUGGCGUCGGUCGGAUAAUCAGUGCAACUGGCAAUCCGUCCGUCAACGUCUCUUCCACACCUUCUUCUGCCAAUCGUGAAAGCGCUAGCUCGGAUUCCGACCGGCCCCCAACCCUUGGGUCCAUUGAAACUGCUUCUAGUAGAACAACAUUGGGUAAGUCUAAAUCUCAAACAAACCAUCUUCAUAUAGGUGAAAUUCUUUUUGUGGGCAAGCCAGAUCCUAAUGGAACACCCAUUCUAGAUUCUUCUCAAAGUGGUCCCAAAUUCUUUGGUGAGCAGGUCAAUGAAGAUUCACCAGCAUCCUUUGCUGCAUCUUCCAAGGAUCCCUCUGACCCCCCGGAGCGGCCCUCUUUGCAAUCUCGGAAGUCAUUUGGUCCAGCCUUUGAUUUUGAAGAAAACGAAGUCUCCUUCCAGCGGACUCCCCAGCCAGCGGCGCCAGCUGAUGACGAUGAUGACGACGAUUCUUCCGAUGAUGGUCUUUUCAUGGUUCCUUUGGCUCAUAAGAACGAGGAGAAGCCCAAGCCUGAACCGGAGGCAAAGACUUUGCAAGGGCGGAGCCUCACUGUAGACACGAAUCUCAAAGGGCCAAGAGUGAGCUUCGCAUCUCCAGUCCCUGCAGAUAGUUCCGGCGGAGAGACCUCCGACAACCAGGAUACUGGAACUUUCUACCACGACCCCUCGCCGGUUGACGAAAAACCCCCCAACCGAAGAAAUUCAUUUGCCAAUGGAGAUGUCUGGGCCAGUAGACCCCCUGUGGAAGGCGUUAUCGACAACCUGGACAGCUUCUUCCCAGAUGUUGAUCUCGAUGCCCCCUAUCUGCAUGAACCGGCUUCGCCAAGCUCCAAGAUCAAUCAUCACGAUGAUUCAAAUCUUCGAAAACCGUUACAUCCGCCUCCUAUUCCAGCUUCAAAUAUUGAUCCAAGCAGUCUCUAUGGGGCUGAUACAUCAACCAUGCGACCUCAGGCAGGAUCUAAGGUCGUUGCUAAUAAGUUGAUCAAUCAAAGCGGUGGGGCUGGCGGCGGCGGCGGUCUUGGAAGAACCAAAUCUAUUCGACAAGUUGCUCGUGAUUCUCAUCGCACAAAAAGUGUUAGCUCCUCUGGCCCGCAGCAGUCAGGUAUGCUCCGUAGAAAGAGUACGAAGAUGUUUGGCGCCAAAAUUAUGCAAAUCAGCCCGAAGCCAGGGAGUCGAAUCAGCCGGCUCGAUCCUAUCCCGCAGAGUACCAGAGAAGGCCCGAGUGGCUCUGCUCCGGCUACCUUCCGUAUUAUCCGUGGUCAAUUGAUUGGCAAAGGUACCUACGGACGUGUCUACCUGGGCAUGAAUGCGGACAAUGGUGAAGUUUUGGCCGUCAAACAAGUCGAGAUCAAUCCGCGAAUUGCCGGAACCGAUCGUGACCGUAUCAAGGAAAUGGUGAAUGCUCUUGACCAAGAGAUCGACACUAUGCAACAUCUUGAACACCCGAAUAUUGUCCAGUACCUCGGAUGCGAACGCGGUGAACUAUCAAUUUCGAUCUACCUCGAGUAUAUCUCCGGUGGCUCGGUCGGCAGUUGUCUACGGAAACAUGGCAAGUUCGAGGAGAGCGUUGUGAAAUCACUCACUCGCCAAACUCUAAGUGGUCUGGCCUACUUGCACGAUAAGGGUAUUCUUCACCGAGAUAUGAAGUCAGACAACAUUCUCUUGGAUCUGGAUGGUACAUGCAAGAUUUCCGAUUUUGGUAUCUCCAAGAAGACGGACAACAUUUACGGCAACGAUUCGACCAAUUCUAUGCAAGGCUCUGUCUUCUGGAUGGCCCCGGAGGUCAUUCAGUCAAAGGGCCAAGGUUACAGCGCCAAGGUUGACAUUUGGUCCCUUGGGUGCGUGGUGCUUGAGAUGUUCGCAGGCCGUCGUCCCUGGAGCAAAGAAGAAGCAAUCGGCGCAAUCUUUAAGCUUGGAAGUCUUGGCCAAGCUCCGCCAAUCCCAGAUGAUGUGAGCGCGAAUGCGUCUCUCGCGGCUCUCUCGUUCAUGUGGGAUUGUUUCACAGUUGACUCCGCUGAACGGCCCACCGCUGGUACCUUACUCACUCGGCACCCAUUCUGUGUAUCGGAUCCAACGUACAAUUUCCUUGAUACCGAAUUGUACGCCAAGAUUGGAUUGCCACCCUCCUAG